AUGCCGUUGGAUUCAGAGCUCUCCCAGCGACUUGAAAGGCGGCGCGUCCGCGCGGAUGACGGGACCGACGUGGCGGAGGUGAAAGUGGAGGCGGAGCGCUCUUUCGAAGCGCCUAUCGAUCAGGAACUCAGGUCAAAGCUUCGGCAGCAGUCUGCAAACCUCUCACGCCCGAAAGCUUCCGCAGGGCCAGAAAAGGCCACCGAGGCACAGUAUGAGGCUCGAAUUGACGAGGAACUGGCCAAGAAGAUCAAGAAGCGACAGACGGAUUUGGAGCAGAUGGAAGGCCGCGGUGAGGCGAACAAGGCUGCUGCCACUCGCCCUGCGGCAGAGUUCGGCUCGCACAUCGAUCCCCAGCUUGCAGCCAAGCUGAAGAAGCGAAGCACUGACAUCGAGCAGAAGCAGGCUCAGGUCUCUCCCACCAAGAAGCAGAGCCAGGCGACGGACGCAGAGGACCCGCUUCAAGGCCCGAUGGACCAAGAGCUGGUCCAAAAGCUGCGCCAAAGAAGAAACGUGGUGAACACAGAGGGCGCCCAUUUCGAGAAGGAGGAAGACGGCAGCAUCUCCGUCAGCCGGAAGAACAGCGACUCCGCCACAGCUGCAGAGCACGCUGAGGAGGUGCAAAGUGCUUUGCCGCAGGGCCUCGCUCCGGCUGCUCCUGAGACGAAAAGGCGGAAACGCUAUUGGUGGCUCUUUUGUUGUGGCCUGGUGGCUGCUGGCUAUGGCGCCUACCAGAUGCUCCCGUUGGACUGA